AUGGCCAACCCCCGGUCGAGCCAAAAGAAGCAGGACGGCAGCCAACCAGAUCCCGGACAUGGGCGUCUGACAAGGGCACGGCACGAGCACGAGCCCAUAGCAGACACGCCUCCCAAUCCGCGCCCCCGACGCCGCUCCUCCUCCAUCGCCUCCGACACCGCCCUGACCGAGCCCUUCCCCGACUUCUCUCCGUCCAUCGUCACCUCAGCCGAGUUCGGCCAAGAAGGCGCCUCCACGCGCGCAUCCAUACAGCCCUCGGCAUAUGCCCUUGCGGAAAUCACGUCCUCACCGGUGGCUUCCUCGCGCAUCGGCGGACGGCCGGGCCAGAGCGCGGACAUUGAGAUGGAGCCCAUUGUAGGACACAGGAGGCGCAAGAGCAGCGCUCUCAACACGCCCACAGCCGCCCCGGCAAGGCCAAUGGCCGCCGGUGUUGGAGGGAGGAAGCAUCUUUCCGCCGGCCUCUCCGACCGCUCAGACUUGCUAGAGGAAAAUGGCGGGAGCAGCAGCACAUCGGCCGGCUCUGGACACGACGAAGAUGCGAGAGGGAGGUCCAGCUUCAGCGACGACGACCUCCACGACGACGAAGAAACGGGAUUGAGCAACAAGGAACGCGCCCGGAGGCAGAAGAAGCGCCGGAAGGUCACCCAGCUGGGCCAGCGCAUUGCGCGCGACAAGAGCUUGUCAGCAGAAGAGCGCCAUGAGGCAGACAAGGACGUUGUCAAGAAGCUGAUUAUCAACGUCGUCCUGAUCCUGCUAUGGUACUUUUUCUCUCUUUCAAUUUCACUGUAUAACAAGUGGAUGUUUGAUAGAGAUCGCCUCAACUUUGCGUUCCCCCUCUUUACAACCUCCAUGCACAUGCUGGUGCAGUUCAUCCUCUCAGCCCUCGUCCUCUUCUUCAUUCCCUCCUUGCGACCACAGCGAUCCCACACUUCCGACAUGGGCAGAUCUCGGCACGAGAACGAAGCCAGCUCGACCAUGUCCAAAUUCUUCUACCUCACAAGGGUUGGGCCUUGCGGCGCUGCGACCGGUCUGGACAUUGGGCUCGGAAACACAUCGCUCAAGUUCAUUAGCCUGACGUUUUAUACCAUGUGCAAGUCCUCCUCUCUCGCAUUCGUUCUCCUUUUCGCAUUCGCUUUCGGUCUCGAGAAGCCCACCUGGCGCCUCGUUGCCAUCAUUGCAACUAUGACAAUGGGCGUCAUUCUCAUGGUGUUUGGCGAAGUCGAGUUCAAGCUCGGCGGCUUCCUCCUCGUCAUUUCAGCAGCUUUCUUCUCCGGCUUUCGCUGGGGUCUUACCCAGAUUCUGCUUCUCCGCAACCCCGCGACGUCGAACCCCUUCUCCAGCAUCUUCUUCCUUACGCCCGUCAUGUUCCUGACAUUGAUCUGCAUUGCCAUCCCGGUGGAAGGCUUUGGACCGCUUUGGGAAGGGCUCAAGACCAUCGCCGCCGAAUGGGGCACCUUUAUGACGCCCCUGUUUCUCCUGUUCCCCGGAUGCAUCGCCUUUUUGAUGACGGCAUCCGAGUUCGCCCUGCUGCAGCGUACCUCCGUUGUCACCCUCUCCAUUGCCGGCAUCUUCAAGGAGGUCGUCACCAUCUCGGCCGCCUCCGUCGUCUUCAAGGACAAGCUCACCCUCGUCAACUUCAUCGGCCUCGUCACCACUAUGCUGGCCAUCAUCGCCUACAAUUACGUCAAAAUCAGCAAGAUGCGCGAGGAGGCCCAGGUGCAGGUCCACGUCCGCGUCACCGACGUCGACGCCGGCAUGAGCACCAGCGCCAGCGACUUUGAGAACGACGACAGCGCCGAGGAGACUGCCGGCCUGCUCCAGCAGGACAUGGAAAGGGGCGACGCGCUGGUCACGUCCGACGGCGAUAUCCAGCCCAACGGCCUGCGGUCGUCGACCUCUCAUCACAAGAGAGAUGCGUCGAGGGACCGUCUGCUAAGAAGGGACAGCUGA